GAUCCAUUUGAUUACAUGAACAUUGGAAGAGGCUUAUCUGAAGUACCCAGUCACCUGAAAGGUGUUCAGCAGAAACACAAGGAGAUCCUUCGGGUACAAACUGAAACAUUGAGAGUGAACACUAUCCUAAUAAAGGAGAAGAUUAAGAUUUUCCAGCUGGUUGAUCGAUACGCUGAGCUAACGAUCAUUUCUAAUGUUCGAGAUCGGACACUUGUAGAACAUGAACUGCUGGCAAGAGGCCGGGACCAUGAAGAGUGGAGAGAGAAACAUCUCCGGAGAGAACUGGAAAAAAUCCGAACUGAUCAAUUAUUCCAGAGCAGUUUUUCCCUGAGAAAAUCUGAAUCUGGGAGCUCCACAGCAGUGAGUGGAGUCCCAGGGAUUGGAAAAACAACAAUGGUACAAAGGAUUGUUUAUGACUGGGCCACUGGGAAAAUAUUUCCAGACUUUCAAUUUGUUUUCAGUUUUAAAUUCCGGGAUUUGAACAAUAUUAACAGUAGAAUAAAUUUGAGGAAUUUGAUCCUGGAUCAGUAUCCUUACUUUGGGAAUGUUCUGGGAGAGCUCUGGAAGAACCCAGAGGGAUUGCUGUUUAUAUUCGAUGGUUUGGAUGAAUUCAAGGACAGUAUUGAUUUUGCUGAUAAUCAGAGAAAUACAGAACCUCAGUUCAUGUGCACAGACCCUGAAUGCUGGUGUGAAGUGUCUGACAUUGUGUCCAGUUUAAUACAGCACAAGCUGCUCCCAGGAUGUUCAGUGCUAGUGACCAGCCGCCCCACUGCAUUACAUUUAUUGGAAAAGGCUGAGAUCAGUGUCUGGGCUGAAAUCCUGGGAUUUGUUGGUGAUGAACGGAAGGAAUAUUUCAACAAGUUUUUUGAAGAUCAGACGGUGGCAGCAGCUGUUUUCAAACACGUGGAGGGGAACGAGAUCUUGUACACCAUGUGCUACAACCCUUCCUACUGCUGCAUCCUUGGUCUGUCACUGGGUCCUUUCUUUACACAAAGAGACAGGAAACAGCAGCAAGUUCCCAGGACCAUCACCCAACUGUAUUCCUACUAUAUUUACAACAUUCUGAAAAACCAUGGCCGAGAGAUUGAAAGCCCCCGUGAUGUGUUCCUGAAGCUUGGUGAGAUGGCCUUCACAGGAGUCUCUGAGAAGAAGAUUGUGUUUAGAAAUGGAGAUUUGAUCAAGUACAAUCUCCAACCUUCCCAGUUCCUGUCUGGGUUCCUGAUGGAACUUUUGGAGAGAGAUGAUUCUACCCAGAAUGUGGUUUACACGUUCCCACACCUCACCAUCCAAGAGUUUGUAGCUGCACUCGCACAAUUCCUGACUCCCAAUCCCAAGGACAUCCAGAAACUGCUCAGUGAAGCAGACAGUGAAAAAGAUGGGAGAUUUGAGAUAAUUCUCCGUUUUGUUGCUGGUCUCUCCUCCCCACAGUCAGCUUGGCCCCUGGAGGAGUUUCUGAGUCCAUUUCUUCAUCAAACAACCUGUCGAGUGAUUGACUGGGUGAAGGAGAAGGUUAAAGGUCAGAUUGGAAACACAGCAACUGAAACUGGUAAAAGGAGCCUCCUGAAUACAUUCCACUACCUGUUUGAGUCUCAGAAUAAAGCACUGGCUCAGGCCACAUUGGGAGCUGUGGAAACACUUGCAUUUAGUGGAUUGAGACUGACCCCGAUUGACUGUGUGGUCCUGUCUCAUGUCCUUGGACUCUGUGAUACAAUAAAAUGCCUCGAUCUAAACCAGUGCAACAUUCAGUGUGAAGGACUCCAGUGGCUGGAAAACAUUCUGUACAAAUGCCAGAAGUUGAGACUGAGUUCUAUUAAUCUGGGAGAUUCAGGAGUGAAACUACUGUCUGCGGCCCUGAGGAAUCCAGGCUGUAAAAUACAGGAACUGGACCUGUUUGGUAACAAUCUCACAGGUUCUUGUGCCGAGGAUCUCAACUUUGCUCUCAGUACAAACCGGUCUCUGACGGAUCUGAACCUUGGACUUAAUAAACUGGGAGAUUCAGGGGUGAAACUAUUGUCUGAGGCUCUGAGGGAUCCGGACUGUAAAAUACAGAAACUGUGGUAA